AUGAUGCCACAGUUUAGCGUAUUCGCAGUUAUGAGCAUUGCACUAUUCGGCACAUUCGCCAGUGCUGACGUCUCAUCGCUGGGAUACAAUCGCUUCGGACGCUUAACUUCACGCCUGCAGCGUCAAGAACUCAGUCCGGCACCUUACCCUGCCGCAGGUUAUCGACCGCGCCAACCUUUCGAAUUUCCCACACCCGACAAACAACAGUUCUUUCCAAACGGAGGCGAAGGCAAGAGGCCACAUUCCUUAGCGCCACCACAACCACGUCCACAAGACCAACCACAGUUCCAACCUGAGGCGCAGUUUGAACCCCAACCUCAGCCGCAACCUCAACCAGAGCCACUACCGCCACAACCAGAGGUUAGUGGUUUCGAUUUGGAAGCUACACCAAAUUUAGGCUCCAACGGUGAUCACAUCGACGCACCGAAUACAUUAUAUGAUGCACCCUCACGUUUCCGUGUGGCUCAAGUAGGUCGUCAGCGUUUCUCUUUCUCUCGUCAACAAUUUUCCGCGGCAGCACCACAGCAAUCACGUCAACAACAGAACUUCCGACAAAACUUUGAAGCCACAGCACCACAGCGUCUUUAUGGCGCACCCGCUGAUAACUCUGUAGCCUACACACGCCAGCGUCAGCAGUUUGCCGCUGCACAGCAGAGCUUCGCACAAGCACCUCAAGGCGCUUACGGACCACCAGCAGCUGCAGAGGAACCACAAGCCGAGCGUCUUACGAGCGCUGUGAAAUCAGAACGCCUCACCGCCGAACAACCUGAGCAACAACGCGAGGAACGUGAAGAAGAAGCUGAGGUCGCUACAGAUAUUGAAGUAACCGAGGUUAAGAAGACCACAACAGCGGCUGCAGCUCCCACACCCGCCACUAAUGUAUUCUAUUAUCCAGCUACCGCAGUUGGUUUUGUACAUCCUCUCACUGCCGCCUACUAUCAGCCAACAACGUUUCUGGCGGCCGCUGCUGCAGCACCAGCGCCAGCCCCUACACCAGCUGUAGCGACCACAGCUACACCUGCUAGCCAAGAGAGUUCUGCUGCUGCGCCUGCCGAGGCUAACGCGAAACCCGCUCGGUUAUCUGCAUUGGCUGUACAAACUGCCGCUCCUGCCGUUGCAACUCUCGCCGCGCCACAAUACUUUGCCGCUCCCCCUUACCUGCAGCAAUAUGCCUUUGCGGCUCCUGCUCAACUGCAGGCGUGGUAG